ACGCGAUGAGCUUCUCGAUUAGUGCAUCUAGUGUGCGUGGCCGUGGUUAUCCAGCACGUUGCCCCUUCGCCGAACAGUCCGAUGGAGAUCGACCGAUCGCUUAUCCCGGGCGAUCUCGAUUGAUCGUUUAAAAAGUAACCUGUGCUCCUGAUAAUCGAUCGGACGAAUUAAUUGGUGCCUGUGCAUUCUACACCAUCGUACAGAUGUUCCGUCGGCCGCCGAGAAAUUAUGAGGCAUUAUUAGAUUUAACGUCGUACUUUUAUCCGGAUUUCAGAUGAUAUUAGCCUCUAAAUUGCAGACAUGUGUUGGUACGUCCUUCUGUUAGCCUUGGCGCAACACGCCGUUGCGAAUUCGCUCAAAGCAGACCAGACGUCUCAAGAAGCCAGUGCCUACGCGGAGCUCGGAUGUUGCUCCUGCGAGUUCGAAGACACGCGGUAUAUGGAGCGUGUCUGCGAGGGAACAACUCCUUUCAUGACGCUGAUCCAAAAUGUCAUGUCUUCCAGAUGCGACAUCGCCGAUCCCUGUCGACGAAUGGGCAGCGAUGAAGUACCGAGCGAGAACGAAUGGUUCGACUUUGUGGUCGUGGGUGCCGGUGUGGCAGGAUCAAUAAUCGCGAAGAGACUGAGCGAUAAUUCAUGGCGAAAGGUUCUACUUAUCGAGGCCGGCCCGGAAGAGCCCACGAUGACAGCUAUACCGGGAUUCGCGUUCAACGCUGUCAACACGUCUCUCGACUGGAAUUUCAAAACGGAACCAACAUCACCGCAUCCUACCGCCUGUUUGGAGACGGACGGCGUAUGCACUUGGCCGAGAGGCAAGAUGAUCGCCGGAACCGGCGGUUUUCACGGGAUGAUGUACUUCCGAGGUCAUCCUGAGAUCUACAAUCAUUGGUGGAGAAUAGGAAAUCCUGGCUGGUCCUACGACGAGAUCAUUCACUACUUCGAACGGAUGGAGAAUCCCAUCGACCCGAUGAUCCUGUCAGAUAAGCACAGAAGCGUAAAGGAACGCGGUCCGAUGAGCAUUCAGUAUUACCCGCACAAGCCGAAGUUCGCGGACGAGUUGCUGAACGCCGCCGGUGAACUUGGCUAUAAGACUUCGGUGCUCAAAGAAUACAGUCAGACCGGCUUCAUGAUCGCGCCGAUGACGAUCGAGAACGGCAUGCGCAGCACGACCUCGAGGGCAUACUUGAGGUCCGCUCACAGUCGCAGGAACUUGCGGGUGCUGACGAAUGCGCAGGUAACCAAGAUCCAUAUCAGCCAGUGGGAGAAGAAAGCCCGCGGUGUGGAGCUGGUGGAUAAGAACGGCCGUAAGAGGAUGAUCAAGUGUGAUAAAGAGGUGAUUUUGACAGCCGGCGCCAUCGGCUCGCCGCACAUCCUCUUGAACUCCGGCAUAGGCCCCGAGAAGGAUCUCACCAGGCUCGGCAUCAGAGUGUACCAAGACCUGCCGGUCGGUAAGAACCUGCACAAUCAUGUGUCGGUGGCGGUACCCAUGAGCAUCAACGACGUCCCGUACGAGACCAUAACGAUGGAGGCGGUGAACGAGUACUUGGAAAAAAAGACGGGCCCGUUGGCCAGCACCGGCAUCACUCAGGUCACCGCCUUCCUCGAGAGCAGCUACGCGACUAACGGCGUGCCGGACAUUCAGGUCUUCUUCGACGGCUUCAGCUCCACCUGUCCGAAGACCGGUCUGCCCAAUGAGUGUCUCAAUGGCAAAACCACCAACUGUCCGACCAGAAGGAGUAUCGUGGCGAGACCCACGGUGGUCUACGCGGAGAGUCGAGGCGACAUGAAACUCCGCUCGUCCGAUCCCAUGGACCCGCCGCUCAUCUAUCCGGAUUACUUUACGAACGAGAAGGACCUGACUGUCCUGCUCGAAGGUAUCAAAAAGGUCACGAAGCUUGUCGACACGCCCACGAUGAAGAAGUGGAACCUUCGUUUAGAACAAUUGAGAAGUCCGUUGUGCAAGGACUAUCACUUCGGCACCGACGCCUUCUGGAUGUGCCAAAUACGGGCAGAGACCGGGCCGGAAAAUCACCAAUCUGGAACGUGCAAAAUGGGACCCAGUACUGACCCACUCGCGGUAGUGGACUCGGAACUUCGAGUGCACGGUAUAUCGAACAUUCGCGUCGCCGACGCUUCGAUCUUCCCCAUCGUGCCAAACUCGAAUCCGAUCGCAGCUAUCAUGAUGGUGGCCGAGAAGGCAGCCGAUAUGAUUAACAACAGCUGGCCGACAUAAUCUUGAAUGUACACGAAUUCUGAUAUAUCACACACAAGUUGUAAUAUAUAUUUUUUACGGUUGACAAAUAAAAGAAAUUUCUUUAAAUUAAA